AUGGACGACGGAGACAUCGACUUCUCCAACCCGGAGACGUACCUAUGCGAGGCCAUGGGCAACGACCCGCCCGCUAGCUGUUCCAUGGGAAGCUAUUUUGACGACAUCCUCAACAGCGACGCCGACCACCUCGCGUGCACACACACCCACACAUGCAACCCGCCCGUCCACGACCUCGCGCACCACACCCAUACCUGCGUCCACGUCCACACCAAGAUCCUCUCUGCCUCUAACGACGAUGCCGAGUCACCACCGGACGCCAAGAAGCAACGCCCCUCAGGCAACCGCGCCGCCAUCACGAAGUACCACAAGAAGAAGAAGGCCCACACCAUGCUGCUCGAGGAGGAGGUGGCUCACCUCAAGGCUAUGAACGAGCAGCUUGUCAAGAAGCUCCAGGGCCACUCCGCACUCGAGGCCAAGGUGGCCAGGCUCCGCUGCAUGCUUGUUGAUAUCAGAAGAAGGAUCGAAGGGGAGAUUGGCACUUUCCCUUACCAGCGGUCGGUGAAAAGCAAUGAGUUUGUCGACCAGGGGAGCUUUCUCGGUGGUGCACGGGUUAUGAAUUCCUGCGAUUUCAGAUGCAACGAUCAGUUGUACUGCAAUCUAGGAAUGCAGCAGGACAGGACAAUGACGACGAUGGUGUUAUGAGUGUUGGUCAGGUUUUGGGGCAAGGUGCCGGUGACUCUAUGGGUUGUGUAAAAUCAGGAUCUUUAAACCCCCCAGGCUGUCGUGG